GCCACUAUGCCAGCACUAUCUGUAACCUAUGAACUCCCGAGUGUGCCAGCCCUCCGCCAUAUUGACUGUUGUCUUGACUGGAGGAGAGAGGGAACGUUUGCGGUCCGACAAUAAACGAAAAGUGUGCUCUGGAAAUCACCGAAACUGGUGCAAACUUGGCGAAAGCGUAUCGCAUACACUAUCGUGAUGGCAAGGAAGAAAAGCAAGCAGCAAGGCGUCGGUCAGAAGGAGCUUAUACCUGGGCAGCAGACCGAACCGAAGAAUCCAGUCUCUCCCGGCGAUGCAACUGGCGGCGGCGGAGGAGGAGGAGGAGAUGCUGGAUUGGAUAGGUUGACCACCACCACCACCAGGGCGAACCAGCCUAUGCAUACCUGCUGCCUCCUUUGCCACCGGGAAUUUAAGGACUGGGGUGCAAACUCUGUCAACGGACUCCCCGGGGGCCACGGCACCAAGCUGGCUGACGCCGUGCCCGCUCUCUCCCAGGCCCUAUUGCGGGAGGCGCCAGGGCGUAAGCUGGCCGAUUCGAUGCCCUCACUGUCCCAGUCCCUGCUGGGCGAGGUGCCCCUGUGGAUCUGCCAGAGCUGCUGCAAGAGUGUGGAAGAGGAGGAGAGACGGAGCACCCAGGAGCAGCCAACAGCGGUACCAUUGUCACACUCUUCCUCUUGUAAGUCCCAGAGCUGUGGGAACGGUUACCCGGAGCAAAGUACGGUGGAUUGGGACCCGAGUUCCUUCCUGUCAGCCCACAAACUAUCAGGACUGUGGAACUCAGCCCAUGGGGGGGAACACUGCAACCAUAACGCCUCCUUACACUCACAACAAGGUUUAAUAACGGGCGCACUCUGCCACGAGAAAAGAGGACUUCACGAAGCACCCGGGAAAUCUGCUAAAACAUCGGUAGCCAAAGUGUGUCCCUACAGUCACCCGUCAACGCAGAAUUCCAGUGGACACUCUGCUGGGAGCCCCCUCUCUACCUCAGCGGACCUGUGCAAGACCACUCCCAAGCAUUUCAAGACCAUGUGCCGUCGACCAACGCCACCAGGUGAAGCCUUCCACGCCAGCGACCAUCAUCAACACACAGACUUGUCGGUACCCCCCAAUAGUCCCACGGGCCUGUCUUCCCAACAUUCCUCCCUCCUGCCCCCAAAGUCCAGCUCGGGACAACACAACCACGUAACCUCUUCAUCGGCCUCCGGCGUCGCAGCUCACAGCCCUUUCUCCCCGCUGGUACCAAACCUCCACGGGCCAACAGCUAAAAUGACUUCUUCCAGUUCAGACAGCCCAACGUCGGUUCACAAGCCCGGCCCGUGCAAAAACUCCCACAUUCCUGCUGUGAACACACAACACGGCAAAUUGGGCACAUCAGCGUCAGGCUGUAACCACCCUUGUAAUGGACACAGUACGGGAACGGCGGCGUCUGCAAAUGUAGGCAAUUUGUCGACUGGGUCCUGCAGGGACCAGGCAUGUAAGGGUCACAAAAUGACAAACGGGACACUGUGUCAUCCGCCACCAGAUCUAGAGGAGGUGGAGGAUGAAGACAGCAGCUCUGAGAGGAGCUCCUGCGCCUCCUCUUCCACCAACCAGAAGGAUGGAAAGUACUGCGACUGCUGUUACUGCGAGUUCUUUGGGCACAAUGCGCCUCCAGCUGCUCCAACCAGUCGAAACUAUGCCGAGAUUCGAGAGAAGCUCCGGUCGCGACUGACACGACGUAAGGAGGAGCUGCCUCAGCGUCAGGACGCUGACAUGACAGCGGCCGGCGCCAUUGACAACCGGGAUGUCGAUGAGUUGCUGGACUUCAUCAACAGUUCAGAGCCCAAACCUGUUAACAGUGCAAAAGCGGCGAAAAGGGCUCGGCACAAACAAAAAAAGAAGGAAAAAGCUCUGCAGGGUAACAUGGGUGCUGCAGGCAGCGAUCCCAUCUCCAAUCCAACAGAGCCCGUGGACGAGCCAAUGCCUGACACUUCAGAGGCCUCACGGUUACUGGAUUGGCCUCAGCUGGAACUCGAGCGAGUCAACAGUUUCCUCACCAGUCGUCUGGAAGAGAUUAAAAACACCAUUAAAGACUCGAUUCGGGCCUCAUUUAGCAUGUACGACCUCAAUCUAGAUGUCAAUGACUUCCCAAAAAAGGCAGCUACGCUGGAGGGCAACCAUUUACUGUCUCAUCUCAACGGGUCCUCUGACUUGCAGCAGAUAGACCUCGACUUAGCCCCUCUUUCGCUGGGAACUUUUAGGAACCAUCUGGACCUGGUCAACGGAUGGGAGGACACAAACGCAUCCCAAAAUACCACCACCACUACUACCACCACCACCACAUCCACAGGGGUCGCAGGCGGGUCUAAGGACAUCCAGCGCUUGAACACUACGCCAAGUCUCUCCAAACUCAUAAGGGUGCGCUCCCCGGAAAAAUGCACUUCGUCUGGAUGUGACGGUUUGUUACAGGUAUCCAACCAAGCGACAGCUAAAUCAAAGGAGGACACGGCCGAUGCUAAGAACAGCACAGUUGGAAAUGGUGGUACGAAGUCAAAGAAGAGUAAAAAGCAGCAGCAAAAACAGGAGCAGACUCUUUUGGAGCACAAUUCCAAAGUCAGCGAAUCCAAAGUGUCUGAAAUCGUUAGUAACGGCUACAAAGCUGCACUCAAACAGCUGCAGCACCAAGCUGACAACCAGAGGAACGGCUUGAAGAAAACCGAAGAGAACAGACCAUCCAGAAAUGCGGCAAACGCCGCAAACGGCGGCCCCCCCAAUGCACACAAAGUUAAAAGUGACACUGAGAUUCGGGCGAGCAGAUGUGAGCAGGAUUCCGAGAGCAAAGCUCAUCCCGCCAUUCCAGCAAACGGGCAGCAGCAGGCUCAAUCCAAGGCGAAAAAUAAAAAGAACAAGAACAAGGGGGAGAAAUCCACUAGCGCUUUUGAUGAUGUAUUUCUUCCAAAAGAUGUGGAUCCAACAGAAAUGGAUGAAACUGAUCGGGAAGUGGAAUACUUCAAAAGGUUCUGCCUUGAUUCUGCAAAACAAACCCGCCAGAAGGUAGCAGUGAACUGGUCCAACUUCAGCCUCAAAAAAGUUCCCUCCAAUGCAGCUCAGUAGCUCGGCUGAGCGCCAACAAAUAAAACUUCCACAACCACAAACUCUUUCAGUAGAUCUCUUUGACGCGAGGCUUUCUCUCAUUGGCUGAGUUGAAGGACCUCGUUCACAUUAUCACACUAGUUGAAAAGACUCCAACCAAUCCGACUGGCGGCUAGUUAGCCAGGGAUCAAUAUCAAGGCCAGCUAUACCAUUUUUUUUUGCUACUAUUGCAUUGUUCACUUAAAUGACAGGUCCAAAACGGAAAACAAGUGUGUUUUAUCCACUGCAUCCAUGUGCUGACGUAUGUAGUAUGUAAACAUUUACCUUACAUGAAAUAAAUGUUUUUAUCAGAAAUCAUGACAUGUAACAGUGUUAAACGUCUGAAUUCCAAUUCUGGUGCUCCGUUAUGGUGUUGUUACUUAUCAGCUUCCUUAAAACACAAAUGUCUUCGAUUUUUACUGCAGCAUGUCAGCUUGACUACCACGUUACACAUGACACUGCACUAUUCUAUUCAAGCAAAGUUAAGCAGAAGAUGCAUAAUUUCAAAUGACUCAAAUACAAUGGUUAUCAAUGGAGUCCCCAUGCAUGAUUAAACAACUGUCUAGUAUAGUGUUAGCCUGCAAUCCAAACAUCAAUCCUUAUAUUCCAGUACUGUUAAUGUUUAUUUAAUGAUUGGAACCAUCGCAUAUAUUUUGCCACAGUUCAUAUUGUAUAUAUUGACUGGUAAUUUUGGGCCUUUUUGAGCCUUUGGCAUGUGUUACCAAGUUGUUACUAUGGGUUGUGGUUGUGUGUGUGUGUGUGUGUGUGUGUGAGGGACAAAUUCAAAAUCUGAUCUUUUUUUUUUCUCCAGUUGCUCCCAAGAGUUGAUCAUCAAAAGCUGCAUCAACCCCGAGUGUUGUAGCUAAUGGCUAUCAUUGCGAUCAAUGACUUGUUUUGUUUCCAUAUGGACAUAUUUGAUGCUCUCCUGGUUUAAUCCAAUUAGAGAUGAGUAUCUUACUGUUUUGAAUGUAGAUUUAUACUAUACCAAUAAUAGCCAAGUGUAUGUUGGCUGGUUUGCUUAAAAAAAAAAACU